AUGACCGAUCUCUGUCCCGUCUAUGCUCCUUUCUUCGGUGCGAUGGGCUGCACGUCAGCCAUCGUCUUCACCUGCUUCGGUGCCGCCUACGGUACCGCCAAGGCCGGUGUUGGUAUCUCCGCCAUGGGUGUUCUUAGGCCCGACCUGAUCGUCAAGAACAUUAUUCCCGUCAUUAUGGCUGGUAUCAUUGGUAUCUACGGUCUGGUCGUUUCCGUCCUGAUCUCCAACGGUCUGCAGCAGCAGUCUGCUCUGUUCACCAACUUCAUCCAGCUCGGCGCUGGUCUGUCGGUCGGUCUUGCCGGUCUUGCUGCCGGUUUCGCCAUUGGUAUUGUCGGUGAUGCUGGUGUCCGUGGUACCGCUCAGCAGCCCAGGCUGUUCGUCGGCAUGAUCCUGAUUCUCAUUUUCGCCGAAGUUUUGGGUCUGUACGGUCUGAUUGUCGCUCUGCUCAUGAACUCCCGCGCCGACCAGGGCGUUGUCUGCUCCUACGACUCCUAG